AUGAGAAGUUGUGACUGUGGAUUUGUCUUGGACCCUCCUGAUGAUAUAGAUGCUUUGAGCGCUGAUUCAGUGGGUCAAGAUGAUGAAGGAGUUGAUAUUAAAAAUACUUACAAUACCACCGCUGCACCAGCGUCUCUUUUGGAGCGCAGCCCCGGCGAGACAAACAAUAGGGUGCUUAAUUCUGGUAAAAAUAAAAUAGAAAAAUAUGUAGCUUUUGAUACUUCUUCUUCUUCUUUGGAGUCACCCCUUCCCAAAAUCCCAAGGUGUGUGUUGAUGCGCACAUAUUUUUUCCAAAAAAACAUCCAUUUAGAUGUUGGCAUUGUCAUGCACCAAAGUUGA